UUGUCCUGCGUAGGUGGACCUCGCAAGAGUAGCGUGAUUGACUUAUUGUAAAUCAUUCUACGAGGUUGUACGGGAGCUGAGAGCUCAGUGGUGAGACAAACGAAGCGAACGUAAAAUAGAAAAUUAAUCAAAAUGAGAUUCAGAUUUCUUGGCGAUGGCGAUUGUCCAGAUUGGUUAUUGGCGGAAAUCAACACUCUCUCGAGAAUGACCUCGAUUAAAAUGAAAAUGUUAGGUCAAGCAGUGACUAAAUAUUUAACCGAAGGAGAACUCGAUGAGGAAAAAGUAAAAAAGAUUACACAAGAUGCUAAACUUGAUGUCAGUGAUGCAAAAGCUAUGGUAGCCGCUCUCGAAUUGAUUUUCACAUCUUCCGCUCGAUACGGAGUUUCCGCUGCUGACUUGAGCAGCGAAUUGCAACAAUUGGGACUUCCACGGGAGCACAGCACAGCCGUAGCAAGGCUUCACACAGAUCACUGUCCUCAAAUUACGGCUGUUCUUUCAUCUCAAUCUUUGAGAGUCAGUCGUUUAUCUUCCAUUGAAGUGCUACCUUGCGAUAGCACUUUGCCUGUUUCUACUGUGACGUUAAAGUUUAAGAAAAUAGAUGGCAAUGAAGAAGACACUACUAUAAAUAUUUCGAAAGAUGAUGUGCAAAUGUUAUUGAAAGAACUGAAAAGGGCACGAACGCUAAUGGAAAAUUUAUAAACUUUUUUUUAAUAAAAUUAUAUACAUAAAUCUGCAUAAUCCCAUAUAAGAUUCUAUA